AUGUGCAUAUUAGUGCUUCUUUGUUCUUCACGUCUUAGAAUGAAAUUCGUGUAUAUAUAAAAACUAUACCAAAAAUAACUAAUGAUUCGAAAUAAUUUUUUGGACAAUGAAAGUAGAAUGGAUUAGCGUUUGUCGCCAUUGAUGGCAUCAACAAGAUGCAGCAUUUACCCUCAAAAUCAAAGCUAUUCCGUUCACUUCACACAUCACUAUCACUCACCAGCAAGAACCGAGCAGCAGAGCAGAAUUGCUUAUCUCUCCUCCAACUCUGCGAUUCUCUGCCUAAACUCCUUCAACUCCAAUCCCAUAUCUUCAAAUUAGGCCUACAAAGUAACCCCCUUGUGCUCACAAAAUUCACUUCCAUUUCCUCUGAACUUAACGCUAUUGCCCACGCUUCAUCAUUCAUCUUUUCCCCAUAUGUUGAAACCCAUUACUUUGAUACCUUUCUUUUCAACACCAUUAUCAGAAGUUACGCUGUAACUAGUGAUUUUAAGGAUAAUGCUUUGUGUUUGUAUGGCAAAAUGUUAAGUUAUGGUAUUUGGCCUAAUAAGUUUACCUACCCUUUUGUGCUUAAGGCUUGUGCUGGGAUUGGUGAGUUGAAAUUAGGCCAGACUGUUCAUGGGUCAGUGGUGAAACUUGGGUUUGAUGAUGAUUCUCAUGUUUUGAAUACUAUGGUUCACAUGUAUUGUUGUUGUGAUGGUGGGGUUGAGUAUGGGCGGAAGGUGUUUGAUGAAAUGCGUAACUGGGAUUCAGUAGGGUGGAGUGCGAUGAUAGGUGGUUAUGUGAGAUGGGGUUUGUCUAGUGAGGCUGUAGGGUUGUUUAGAGAAAUGCAGGUUGUUGGGGUAGAACCUGAUGAAGUUACGAUGGUUUGUUUGUUGUCUGCGUGUAUAGAUUUGGGUGCCCUUGAGCUAGGGAAGUGGCUCGAGGCAUAUAUCGAGAGGGAGAAUGUUCCAAAGAGUGCUGUUCUUUGGAAUGCUUUAAUUGAUAUGUUUGCAAAAUGUGGUGAUGUUGAUAAAGCUCUGAGUUUGUUCAGGAGCAUGAGUCAAAGGAAUAUUGUUUCUUGGACUUCAGUUAUAGAUGGUAUGGCGAUGCAUGGCCGGGGAACUGAGGCUGUUUCUUUAUUUGAGGAGAUGAAGAAAGAUGGGGUUGUACCUGAUGAUGUUUCCUUUAUUGGGUUACUUACUGCUUGUAGCCAUUCGGCUUUAGUUGAGCAAGGUAAGGGCUACUUUUAUUCGAUGACAAAGGAAUUUGGGAUUUCACCUAAGAUAGAACACUACGGAUGCAUGGUUGAUCUGUUAUGUAGAGCUGGACAUGUGCAAGAAGCAUUGGAUUUUGUUCAGAGAAUGCCCAUUAAGCCAAAUCCAGUAAUUUGGAGAACACUUAUUAAUGCUUGCCGUGCUCAUGGUGAGCUGACGAUUGGUGAAAAAAUAACAAAAGAGCUGAUAAAAUAUGAGCCUAUGCAUGACUCUAAUUACGUAAUGCUUUCUAACAUUUAUGCAAAAAUGUUUUCUUGGGAGAAGAAGACCAUGAUUAGGGAAGUUAUGGCGAAGAAGGGAAUGAGAAAAGUUCCAGGGAGCACUAUGAUUGAACUAUACAACGAAAUCUAUGAAUUUGUGUCAGGAGAUAAAAGUCAUAGUGAGUACAAAAUUAUUCAUCAGAUGGUGGAUGAUAUUGGAAAGGAGAUUAGAAAAGCUGGAUUUGUUGCUUCAACAUCAGAAGUGUUACUUGAUAUCGAUGAAGAAGAUAAAGAAGGCGCUGUAAAUAGGCAUAGUGAAAAGCUUGCUAUUGCAUUUGCCCUUAUGAAGACACCUCCUGGAACUCCUAUCCGAAUAGUGAAAAACUUACGAGUCUGUGAAGAUUGCCACUCUGCAACUAAAUUCAUCUCAAAGACUUACAAGCGAGAAAUAUUGGUCAGGGACAGAAACCGAUUUCACCGUUUCAUAGAUGGGGUUUGCUCAUGCAAAGAUUUCUGGUAGCUUAAUGUGCAUGAUGUUGUAAUCAAUAUCAGUCAUGGCAACCAGGAGUGUCUUUUCAUGAGCAUUGUCAGCUGAACGGCUAAUCCAAUAUGCAUGGUCUUCUUGCGUAAACAAUGGAACUAAAAGUAUGAUGCUACAAAAGGAUAUUCAUUUUUUGGACGGUCUUCUUGAUUUUCUGAGUUUCUUUUGUAUCUUUGUCUCUCUGUGGAGGCAUUGUUUCGUUGGAGACGUUGUAAUCAUGGCAUCAUUGGCUUCCUUAAACAUCGUCACGAAGGCAGGUAUACUCCAUUGGUUGUCUUUGACUGGUAGAUGACAUUAAUACUGAACAAAGGUGAUGGAUGCAUGAGGCUUCUACAAUUGACAAACAAAAUUAAUGCUCAUAAUAAUAGUUGGAGAAUAUGCGUGAAGAUGCUUUGAGAAGGGAAGCCUUGUAGCAACUGUAAGAGUUGUCCCCGUGUGACCAAGAUGUCAUGAGUUCAAGUCAUGGAAACAACCUCUUGGAUUACAUAUAAUGGAUCAAAUAUGGCCUGGCCCUUCAUUGGAGACUGCAUAUAGCCGGGAGCUUUGUGCUAGUGCGCGAAUUUUUCAUCUCCAAGGAAAGAUAUAUUUUGCUAAAAAAAAAAAAAGCAUACCGUUGGUUAUUGAUUAUUCACUCUGCUGACAAGAGAGAGUUGAUCGAAUGGUAAGCUGCCUUCAGCUCAAAUCCUAAAGUUGUCCGCUCGAGUUACAAGGGAGCAAAAAGGCGGAAGUUCCUAGGAAAAUAUAAUUUUCUUUAAACACUAAUGUAUUACAACUUCCCUUACUCAUUAGAUUCGUCCAUACAUGAAAAUAAUAAUGAACAAGAAGACAAAUGACUUAAAAGUA